AUGCCUGCAAGAUCUUUUAAAAAAUUGGUCAUUGCCGUGAGUGGGACGUUUCCAAAGCUCAAACAAUCUUAUUCUGGUAAAGCGGACCUGAAAUCAAUGAUUGAGGAUAAUGGCGCUACAUUCAGCACGGCAGUGACGGAUGAUAUCACGCAUCUCAUUACUACAGAGAAAGACGUGGAAAAGAAGACAGCAAAGUACACACAAGCAAGCGCAAUCGCAAAAUGUCAAAUUGUUUCUCUUGCAUGGCUCACGGAAUCGACUGAGGCCAAGAAGCCACUGCCGGAAAAGCAAUAUCUUCUUGGACAGGCACAGCUUACGCCUCAGCCAGACGCCACGACGGAUGGAAAUGGCACUGAUAAGAAGCCUGCAACCAAAAAGCGUGCUGUCAAAGAUGACCCGGCGGGAAAGCCUAAUAAGAAGGUUAAAGACAUCCAGAAGGCCAGUUCAAAGACUUUGAAUGUUCCAGUUGAUGAGGGUUUCGGUGAUCGCUCAGGAGAUUUUAAGCAACCCACCGUUCAUAUCGAUGAUGCAGGUUUGAUUUGGGACGCUACCUUGAACCAAACUGUGUCAGCCAGCAACGCAAAUAAGUUUUACCGUGUCCAAAUCUUGGUCGGCAAGCAGCAGAAAUUCAUCACUUGGACACGCUGGGGCCGAGUUGGAGAGCACGGCCAGUCAGCCAGACUUGGAAGUGGUAGCUUGACAGAAGCAAUCAAACAUUUUGAAGCCAAAUUCAAGAGCAAGACAGGCCUGUCAUGGAAGGAUCGACUCGCUACUCCGAAGCAUGGAAAAUACACGUUCCUCGAACGCAACUACGAGGAAGACGACGAGGAAGAGGAAGAAAAUGUCAAAAAUGAGAACGGAAUAAAGAAGGAAGACGGGAUCAAGAUUGAGAGCGCUCUCUCAAAGCCUAUUCAGAGCUUGAUGAAGUUCAUCUUCAACAACAACCACGUCCUCGAAGCAUUGGCAGCGAUGUCUUAUGAUGCCAAGAAGAUGCCUCUCGGGAAGCUGAGCAAGCGUUCCAUGACUAAUGGGUUCUUGGUUCUCAAAGAACUCUCCGAAUUGCUCGCGGCGCCAGCAACCGCCAAUGCGACAUACGGACUCUCAUACAUGGAUGCGAUUGAAUACCUCAGUGACCGCUACUACACGCUGAUUCCGCAUGUCUUUGGCCGCAACAGGCCCCCAACCAUUGCAAGCAAUGAGCAGAUUAAGAAAGAAGUCGAACUGCUUGAAGCACUGACCGACAUGGAUGUCACCAACGAGAUCAUGAAGGACAAUCAAGGUGCUGACGAGGUCCAUGAGUUGGAUCGCCAGUUCCAGAGUUUGGGAAUGGAAGAAAUGGUUGAAUUGGAUCACGAAUCAACCGAGUUUAAAGAGCUGGAAGAUUACCUCCAAAACUCCCGGGGGUCCACCCACAAUCUAGAGUACAAAGUCAUCAACAUCUUCCGCAUUGAGCGUCAAGGCGAAAACGACCGCUUCAACACAUCACCAUACGCAAGCAUCGUCAACGGUGACCGCCGCCUCCUUUGGCACGGCUCGCGAAGCACAAACUUCGGUGGAAUCCUGAGCCAAGGGCUCCGCAUUGCACCCCCUGAAGCCCCAGUGAACGGCUAUAUGUUCGGAAAGGGAGUUUACCUGGCCGACACAUCCAGCAAAUCUGCCAACUACUGUUGUCACUACAACAGUGGCGGCAUGGCCCUCCUCCUGCUCUGUGACGCCGAAGUUGGCGCCCCGAUGUUGGAACUCGUCGGUAGCGAUUACAACGCUGGUGAUGUAUGCAAGCAGACAGGCAAGAUUGCAACUCUUGGAAAAGGUCGCGUCACUCCUGGUGGGUGGAAGGAUGCAGCUUGCUUGAAUCCUGCUUUGCAGGGUGUUACCAUGCCUGAUGUUGAGAUCAAGCAGGAGAGUAGCGAAGAUGCGGGCCUUUAUUACAAUGAGUACAUUGUUUAUGAUGUUGCUCAGAUUCGGCAGCGGUACUUGUUCCAGAUCAACAUCGAAUGA